GAUGCUUCCUUCACCAGCGCUGUUGCUGCCACAGCCACCUUCAAGUGGUCAUCGCAGAACACCUCACUGGUCACAUGCUGGGAGGGCUCAGCACACUGCACGCUGCACCACGACCGGACUGGAGGAACAUUGGACCUCUCGAAGGACAACGAGCGAGCAGGAACUGUGCCUCUUAAUAUCUCCAAGAUGAACCAGAGCGGCUGCAAUAUCACAGCUGACGAAAACUUUCCACUUGUCCAGCUGUGUGUUUACAUCCCAGUGUUGCUGCUGGGCGUUUUGCUGAACGUAUUGGCGCUAUGGGUGUUCUGCUGCAAGCUCGGCAAGUGGACAGAAACCAGAGUGUACAUGGUCAACCUGGCUGCAGCUGACUGCUUGCUGCUCUUUACUUUACCUUUUAAAACAUUAUCCCAGUUCCAGCAGAUGAAGGCAGACAGAUGGUGCCUGAUUCUGGAAGGCGGCUAUUUCAUAAACCGCUUAAUGAGCAUCGGUAUCAUCACUGUUGUAGCAGCCGACCGGUACGUGGCUAUCAAGUAUCCCUUGAAAGCCAGAGCACUGCGGUCACCACUGCAGGCAGCUUUUACAUCUGGAUUUCUUUGGAUAGUCAUCGUCUGCGUGAUUUCCCUCAUUAAAACGGUGGAAAACCGAGAGCAUGAUGAAUUUUGCUUUGAGAAAUCUUCUGUCAAGCCGUCCGUCAUCACGCUGUGUGCUAUUAUCGGAGGGUUCUUCAUACCACUGAUCGUCGUGAUUUACUGCUCCACACAAGUCAUCGCAGAGCUCAUGAGAAAGAAAAACGAAAACUGCCACGAGGAAAGGUUAAUCAGGAAGGCUGUCUACAUCGUGACAGCAAACAUGGCUGUGUUCAUCGUAUGCUUUUUGCCUGUUUACGCUGGGCAUCUCCUUCGCUUUCUAAUGGACUCCUUCAGCCCCAGCUGCCCUGCAAUACAGAAGGUUAACAACUUCGUUCACCUUGCCUCGGUCCUUGCCAACACAAACUGCUGCCUGGAUGCUAUUUGUUACUACUUUGUAAACAAGGAAUUUCAGGAAGCGUCUCCCAAACUCGCGAGGUCCAAAUCUGACUCAGGCGAAACAGCUGAAGCUCAGCUCCCAGUAAUAACACAUCAGUGCCAAAUGUAGAGGGCUCUCUUUUUGUGUGAGAGUGAUGGAUGGACUUUCCGCUGAUGGGAAAGAUUCAGACAUGAAAAUCAGCCCUCAUUCAGACAACCACAGCAGUCCAGAUGCUCACGCAACAAUCUAGAUCAUCACUGACAAUUCCCAGCCUUAUCCAAAUCUGAGUAAGAUGGAAUCAUAGAAUCCCCAUAAACCUCAGCAAGUACAAUCAGUGGGGAAAGUUUUUGCUGUCCAUCCCCCUACCUUGGGCCAGUUUUGAUGUAGCUGCAGCUGUGGCAAAUAAACAGGAAUUAUUUGAAAUUUCAAAAAAGGAAAAAAAAUCUCAAAGUGAAACCGUUGCAGAAAAAGUAAGGUGGACGGGUUUAUGUCACAAAUGUCUUUUCUUAGUAAUAAACACCCAGUCCCAGAUGCAGAUGCUUUAGUCAAGUUUACAGCAUUGUUUGCACUGUAUGACAGCGAUAAAAUGGUGAUCAGUAGAAAUAUGGGGUCAGAAGGAGCUGUGAUCGUUUGUAUAGGGGAGAAAGCUUCACAUUGACUGUAUCUGAGUCAAACUGCAUUAAAAAUACUAUCCAAAGAGCUGGGGUGGGUGGGAAUGACAACUCUGUAAAUGGAGUCAGUUCAACAUUAUAGUGUAAAUAAUUAUCUAAAGAAAGCAGCAACAAAUUCUUCCAAAGUUUCCAAUCUAAAUAAAUUUGCAUUACUGGCAAUGAGCUCUUCCUCUUAACGAGCUAAAUGGAAACAUCGGAAGAUCCGGUGGUGAUGGGACCCACUUUGCUCUCUGUCCCUGAUGGGGGCAGCUCAUGGCCUCUGCUGCCUACACCACGAGCAGGGAGCACGGGCUGCAACACAGACUGGGAUCUUCAAAGGCUGAGCACUGCAGGAACCCAUGAUCCACUUAUAAACAGCAAGGGAGGCAAAACAACUAACCAGUCCCCCCGUAACGAUGCUCAAACAACAGCAUGUGCUCUGAAGUGGGAUGUGCAAACCAGCUGCACACCUCCACCCAUAUCUCCUGAGCCUAGGCUGAGCUUCCAGCUGCCUGUAGGCUGAGCCCUGCUGCUGCCUUCCCAUCCCACAUCCAGCUCAGCUUUGACUCCUCCUGCUCAAGAAAAGUGGCAAAAGGAAGAAACCCCUCGUGGAGAGACCUUGCUGCAGGCAACCACUGGGCAGAGCCCUCCGUUCACCUGGGCAGGAUGGGAGCAAAGGCUGGGCAGCCUCUGGGUACUGCAGCUUCUCACUGCACUUGCCAGAGAUUCAGACAGCAAUGGGGAAAGCUGUUCAAUCAUCAUGAAAAUCUGCAAGCAACAUCCAGCCUUUGUUCACAGCACAGUGAAGAGUGCGAUGACAAGAGGUUCUGAUGACAAAGUGCACCUUUGAAGGAGGCUGGUUUCUCCCUGCUUCUGCUCCCUCCUUUUCUCAGCAAACAUCAAAGCACUGUGUGCACAGAUAGGUAUCUCCUCCCCCCCCCAGCUCGAGGUGCAGUGAGGCCCUAGCCCUGUGUGCUGACAGGUCUCCUGCACUGCUGCACUGACAUAUGCGCAGAAUACUUCUGUGAGUUCAGUUUGAUGGGUUUAUCCCUAAUAAAAAU